AUGGUGUGUUGUCAGUGUGUUGUCAGUGUGUUGUGGUGUGUUGUCAGUGUGUUGUCAGUGUGUUGUGGUGUGUUGUCAGUGUGUUGUCAGUGUGUUGUGGUGUGUUGUCAGUGUGUUGUCAGUGUGUUGUGGUGUGUUGUCAGUGUGUUGUCAGUGUGUUGUGGUGUGUUGUCAGUGUGUUGUGGUGUGUUGUCAGUGUGUUGUCAGUGUGUUGUGGUGUGUUGUCAGUGUGUUGUCAGUGUGUUGUGGUGUGUUGUCAGUGUGUUGUCAGUGUGUUGUGGUGUGUUGUCAGUGUGUUGUGGUGUGUUGUCAGUGUGUUGUCAGUGUGUUGUGGUGUGUUUUGUCAGUGUGUUGUCAGUGUGUUGUGGUGUGUUGUCAGUGUGUUGUGGUGUGUUGUCAGUGUGUUGUCAGUGUGUUGUGGUGUGUUGUCAGUGUGUUGUCAGUGUGUUGUGGCUGCAGCUGACUCCUGCUCUGAGCCAGAAAUACACAAAGGAACUGGAUGGAUAG